CCCCCUCCCUCCCUCUCUGCCCAGCUGCUCCUGGACCUAAGACUUUCCAUGGAGCCAUGAUUGCUGGCUUGGAGGCUGCUGGCAGCCCAGGCGACGUUGUGUGCGUGCGGCGGGGGUCUGAGUGUGAGUGAGUGUGCAAGUGAGUGAGUGAGUGUGCAAGGGGACUCCCUGCCACCGCCUCGGCCCCAGCCCCCCUCCGAUCGCUGCUUCUGCCCCCCGCAAUGGGGCCCUGGGCUCCAGGGGGGUCCCUCACCCCAGCCCCAGACAGACACACAGCAUCCUCCUAGGGGGCUCUUGUGUCUGUGUGCCUAAAGAGGCACUGAAAGAGAGAGGAGAGAAGAGAGAGAGAUCAAGGCAGGUCAGAGGAAAACCCGAGGUUAAAAGAAGAAGAGGAGGAGGAAGAAGAAGAGAAGGAGAGGAAGAGGGGGAGGAAAAGGAGCAAGAGGAGGAAGAAGAGAAGAAGGAGAAGGAAGAAGAGGAGGAAGAAGAGAAGGAGGGAAAGGAAGAAGAGGAGGAGGAGGAGGAGAAGGAGGGUGCGUGUUUGGCGAGAGCCCUGUCUUCCUGGUCGCCCCACAGCCGGAGGGUGGUGGGGGGAAGAUCCGCACCAGAGAAACUUAUGGAAGAAUGAAGGAGAUGGUGGGUGGCUGCUGCGUCUGUUCCGAUGAGCGGGGCUGGGCCGAGAACCCCCUGGUCUACUGCGAUGGCCAUGGCUGCAACGUGGCUGUGCAUCAAGCAUGUUAUGGAAUUGUACAAGUUCCCACCGGACCAUGGUUCUGUCGAAAAUGUGAAUCUCAAGAAAGAGCCGCCAGGGUGAGGUGUGAGCUGUGUCCCCAUAAAGAUGGAGCACUGAAGCGGACUGAUAAUGGAGGCUGGGCCCAUGUUGUCUGUGCUCUGUACAUCCCUGAGGUGCAGUUUGCUAAUGUUCUCACCAUGGAGCCAAUCGUCCUCCAGUAUGUGCCCCAUGACCGGUUCAACAAGACUUGUUAUAUCUGUGAAGAGCAAGGCAGGGAGAGCAAAGCAGCCUCUGGAGCCUGUAUGACUUGCAACCGGCAUGGCUGUCGGCAAGCCUUCCACGUCACUUGUGCCCAAAUGGCUGGGCUUCUAUGUGAAGAAGAAGUCUUAGAAGUGGACAAUGUGAAAUAUUGUGGCUACUGCAAGUAUCACUUCAAUAAAAUGAAGACAUCACGCCAUUCUGGAGGUGGAUCUUUCAAUGCAGCAAGAAGAAGCCGGUCACCAUCCCCUGCUCAAGAGAAGCAUGUGUCUCACCAUGAGAAACCAAAGAAGAGUCGGAAGGACAAGGAACGGCCUAAACAGAAGCACAAGAAGCAUUCAGAAUCACCCACCAGUCUCACGCUGUCCUCCCCACCCAUUGUCACUGAGAAGCAGAGUUCAACCAACCACCACGAGAGCAGUAAAGAAACAACGGAGGUCGUCAGGUCAGAGGUAAAAGGCAAAAAGUCUUCAAACCAUGGCACAAGCCACAAAGCCAAGAAGUCAGGAAUUGGGAAAAGCUCGACAGGUUUUGGAUCAUCCUCUUCCAGUGGGACAUUUCCACCUACAGGUACUUCAUGCAGCUCCUUGCCCUUCUCGCAGGACUUUGUAAACUUUCCGAAGCUCGAGCAGCAGCAGCCACCAUCAGAGGACGAGAAAUACCGCAAACCUGUGUCUUCCUCCUCCUCAUCUGCACAUUGCUCUCCAUUGUAUGAAGGGCAGAAGAGUGACAUCUUUGAGCAGAAGGUGAUCUUCUCGGGCUUUGGCUCCAUCAUGCGCUUCUCCACCUCAGCAGUCAGCCAGCAGAGAGGCCGUGACACUUCACCUGUGGACUACAAGGCCUCCAACUCUCUUGGAGGCCCAGCCGGAGGGAGUAGUGGCAGCAGCGGCACUAGUGGGAGUGGGAGUGUUGGUGGCACCAGCAGCCACAAGAGAAUGCCAUCCCUCAAUGUGGAAGAGGGGGAAGUCCUGAAAGAAAAAAAGCACAAAGCCAACAAGAAGAGCAAGCAUGGACCAGGGAGGCCAAAGGGCAGCAAAAACAAGGAAGUCCUGGGAGCCCAGCUGGUUGGGUCCACAGCUACCUCCGCUUCACCUUUCUCUGGGGGGUCCCUGGUCAGCUCCAGCAUUGGUGGAUCCUCACGAGCUUUCAGCCACGCUGCAACUCUUCCAAGCCUCAGUCUGGAAUCCCCACUCCUGGGAUCAGGGAUCUAUACAAGCAACAAGGACCCCAUUUCACAUGGGGGUGGGGUGCUCAGGACGGUAUGCAGCACUCCUCUCUCCUCCAGCCUUCUGGCUCACCAAGGCACUCCAUCACUUCCCCAGCUCACUCGCUCACCCUUUGCUAGCACCAUCCCAGCCUCCUCUUCGUCUUCUGUCUCCACUACCCAGGUAUUCUCCCUGGCAGGCUCUACAUUCAGUCUCCCUUCUUCACACAUCUUUGGAAGUCCACUCACUUCUGGGCUGUCAAUGAACCCCCUACUGAACCCAUCUGAAAGCAACAGAGCAGAACCAGAUUUGGAAGACUGUAAUUUUGCCUGCCGAGGAUCAUCACCCCAGGAAAGUCUUUCUUCCAUGUCCCCAAUCAGCAGCCUUCCUACCCUCUUUGACCAGACGGUAUCAACGAGCAGCAGGCAGCUGGAAAAUGUUCCCCAGGCCACACCAAAUAUUGAGCAACUCCUUGAGAAACAAGGCAACGGAGAAGCCGGCGUCAAUAUUGUAGAAAUGCUCAAAGCUCUUCACUCACUGCAGAAGGAGAACCAGCGCCUCCAGGAGCAGAUCAUGACUUUGGCAGCUAAAAAGGAGCGCUUGCAGCUUUUGAAUGUCCAGCUCUCUGUUCCUUUCCCAGUAGUAACCACCAGCAAUGGCCCUUCAGGCCAAGCCCAGUACAUCCUGGCCUCCAAUGCAUGCAACAGCGACUCUCUGAGUAUCACCAAGAGCCCUCCCUGCAAGAAUAGCUUUGGCAUUGAAAACUCUCUCUCAACUUCCUCUGAGGAUCCUCAUUCAGGCUGCCCAAGCCGAAGCAGCUCUUCCCUCUCCUUCCACAGCACGCCUCCUCCGCUGCCCAUGUUGCAACAGAGUCCUGCCUCCCUCUCACUCGUUACUGGGGUCCAACAGCAGCCACAGCAGCAACCACCAGUUAAUGGUUUGGCUAGGACAAUGGGGACUGUCCAUGGUGGAGUCACUCCUGUCAGUCACAGCCUGGUGGAUGGUCUCCUUGGGAAUCUCGCAGGAGGGCAGCAAGUUCCUAUCAAUGGCAUUUUAGGGGGUCUGAAUGGAACAAUGGCCACCCAGACACAGAACCCCCUCUUGGCACAGCCAAAUCUACAGCUUUCCACCAGCCAAAGCAGCAUGGCCAGCAUGAGUCACCUGACGGAGCAACAAAGGCAACUCCUCAGCCAGCAUGAGCUCCAGCUUCAGCAGCUCCAACAGCUCUUGACCUCCCAGCCACUCAACCCGGAACAGCAGACUUUGGUGUUCCAGAUGAUUCAACAAAUUCAACAGAAAAGAGAGCUACAGAGGCUCCAGAUGACCAGCAACCCACAGCUGCCCAUGAGUGGUCUGGGGACAGCCACCUCUACUUCCCUUCUCCAUUCCAACAACACUGCACCAUCUGCUGCCAACAGCACCCUCCUGGCCUCCAUCUCCCCCCAGCAGCUCAAUCCAGCAAAUUCCUUGAUGGCUUCCUCACCACUCAGCACCCCUGGGAACAGCCUAAUGUCAGCUGCAGCAGGAACUGUUAUCCCACCUGUCCUUACUGCACAAACAAACCCUUUCCUCAACCUGCAGGGUGAUAACAGCAGCCAGAAAGGAAUGAGCAUGAAUGAAAAGGGAGGUGGCCCUGUUCAAGACAAGGGCUAAUUUUGGUGACACCAGGCUGUUCUCUGCCAUAGGAAAAUCUCUUCCCUGAGCCACGGAUCCCAAAACGUAGAGCAACCACAUGAUGUCAGACUUCGCAGAAAGUCUUCUUUGCCACGGGGCAGGACAACACCAAGCGGAGGUGCAUCAGAAGUCUACGUUCCUUGGUUCUGAACCUGCUGCUCUGCCCUCCUUCUGAAGGAGGCAGGUGGAGUAAACUCUUCUGCCUUGCUGGCUACAUCUGUGCUGCACUUAUUUCACGACAAGUUGCACUUCAGGGGGAAAGGGGAAAACAAUCUACUUAGAGAUACCCCCUGCAAAGAUAGGAGCUACUAGCUGGACUAUGGCCAUAUCAUCUUGGCCUUAAUGUUAUCUCUGCAGAAGAGGACUUUUCCAUACCAAGGUGAAGAAAUCCAUCAAGCAGGAGCAGCAGGAGUGGGCAGCCACAGUGAAAUGGGACAAGGUGGAGCUUUUGAGGUCUCCAGCACAUAACAGGGUGCAGCUGGAAAGCUCUUCUUUGGACAGAGAGAGAGGCACAAUCCUGCAACAAGAGUUUUGCUCCCAUGAAGAAACAAAUGGGCUGAAGGAUAUGACUUUGUUGGCUCUUGCUAGGAGUGGUUCUGGGGGGAGAAAACCCAUCAUAGCCAAGAACAGUUACCUUGGUUCUCCCAAAUCUCUGCCAGUCAUACAUCUUAGAAAUUAUCCUUUCAGCUUGAAUAACAUGUUUCUUUUCCUCACCUUCAGGAGCCUUUGUGUGUGAGAGCUGGGGCACAGAUUAAGAGGGCCAUUGCAAGGAGUUUUUCCUGAUGGAGGGCUCCUCACACUACCAGCUCAAAGGGCUCAAGGCAGCUAUACUGUCAUUCCCUCAACAACAUGUUUUGGGAAGACAAGGAAACGGAUAAGACAACACAGGAAGGCUACAAAUGGAACAUGCUGAUACCUGCCCUCCGCUGGCCUUUAGGAAGGGCAAUUGCACGAUCAAAGCCUUGUCUGGAAGUACUCAAAUAAUGUGUUCACCCCUGUAGUGAACGUUUUAGCCACUUAAAAAGAUGUUUCUCUACUUAAUCAGAUGAGCCACUCCAAAAUCAACACCAAAGAGGCAGGAUCAAGACUUUAUUUAAGGGUGAGAGUCAUACCUUCCAUCUCCAGUUAGCUCUGUUCAGGUUAAAAAAAAAAACAUCUUCCAUCCCUAUCUCCGGACCUAGACUCAGUCAGAUCAUAACUGAGCAGAACAUUGGUCUUCCUACCAUUGUUAAGACUUCAUCUGCCUCUGUUUAGUAACCAGAUGCUGCAGCAAAGGUGCCAGCUACCUUCUUCCUUAAAGCAAUUUUUUGAAGAAUGCUAAGAUAUGUUGAAAUGGGGAUUGUGAUCAGUUGUUCUGAGCAACCCCCGCCAGCACUGUCUUUGCUGGAUAAAUACAGGUCUUUCAAGAGGUAAAAACUCCAGGUGACUGGGGGGAGAAACUCCUACAGACUUUAAAAGCUUUCCAGCCUUCAGUCGUUUUAGGCACAUCUCACCCACCUCUUCCAAUUUGCACUAUUUUCAAACCCUGGUGGUGAGCAUGUGCAUAUGACUGCAAGUAUGACCACUGCUGUUUAAAAUAAUCUUUUUCUCCCUUUGUGUGGUUUUGAUUUUCUUUCUUUUGCUAUUUUUUUAAUGAAAGGAAAAGAAAAUCCUGCCACAUGGUUGAGCCAGAUGCUGAGGGUGAGGAAAGGGGGGGGGGGGAGGCCGUUCGUUUUAAAGGAUUUAAUCUUUUUGUUUUAAUUCACCCAUACAGUUGUGUUUGGCUUCAAAUUUUGUAUGUGAGGUGUGAUUUGGUUUUGAAGUGUGUAUGUGUGGCUGGGCGUGGAUGUAAGAUUUUGUUUUAACAGAAAGCUACUGGAACCCUAACAAGAACAGCAACAAUUUAAAAUGGAAUCUAGGAAGCUUCCCUUCUUUUUAACCAUGGCAGCUCUUGCCUAGAUGAAAAGGUGGCUGAAAAUUGGAACCAAUUUUGGAACCAAGCUUGACAUUCUCCCUUCUCUUUAAUUUGGCAUUAAUAAACUUGCCAGAAAGAAGCUGCCAUCAACAGGAUGCACUUAUGGUUUAGAUAGCACUCACCUUUCACAAUCACUCAUACCAUUGAUUCAGCCCAAUUCCAAUUCAAUUUUUGUCCUUUGAUGUCUUGAGAUAUUAUCAGACAAGGGGAAUUGGAAGUAUAAUCCAAUGUCAAUCCGAACGCAAUCAUGGGGUUUAACGUUAUUGCGUGAUAGACUACCACACGCAAUUUCGGGCAAUGAGAAAUCAGCC